AAUCUUUCAGCACCUGUUAAUUAAACUUCUUGCAUCUCCAUUUCUUAGAAAACUAGAACUUGUAAUUUUCCAUGUUCCCUACUACCAGAGUAAGGAGUUUACAUAUAUAUAUUACUUUCUUUUCUUUUUCGAACGGGGAUUUUUAUUUAAAGAAAGUUUUUUUUUUUUUCUUUUUGCAACCUUCCCCUUUCCCACUCACUAAAGGGCAUUUUGGCCCGCACGCACAUGCACUAAUAAACACACACUGACCAUAUACACAGAGAAAGCCUACCCAGAAAUCUCCAGCAAACAACUUGACAAGAAAGACACCAAGGCAACACCAACAUACUUUGCUUAAAAAACAUAUGGAAUGCGACGGACAAAACAGGUGCCUAACUCACAUUUGGAGAGUUCACUCUCUGCUCCUUUAUUCUUAUAGAUGCCCUGUAUCUCAGCAAUUUUUAAAAGAAAAGAAAAAAAAAAAAAAACCACCCAGAACCAGUUGCAUUUAAAGCGCAGCCCAAGCAGAGAAGUGAAUAACAUCGCCAGCCCACUGCAUAAAAUCUCCGGCCCGGGAGAGAACCUAGAGAUAACAGAGGGAAAUGCGACAUGAGAACUAAGCUUGGUUACCGAGCAAGGAGCGUCACAAUAAGAGGUAGAAUGGUGUUCACCAGGGCUCUGUAAUUCAGCGGCAUGUGGCACUAGCGUCUCCUCCUGCCUCUACUGCCUGCAGCCUCUCUCGUGGCCCAAUGCAGGGGAGGAGGAAGGUAAAGGGCCCCUGUGAGCACUUUGCUCUCUCCACAGCUGCAGCGGCGGCCGCAGCAGCAGAGCCGCCAGCGCGCUCCUCUCCUCCUCUCCGGGGAACGCGCCUCCUCCUCGCACUCUCUCCCAAGCACUGAGCGCAGCUCUCCUCGGCCUUACCCAGCCCGUCCAACCCUGCCCAGCCCUGCCCUGCCCUGCCCUUCUCUCAGUUUUCCUGGCAGGGCUCUCGCGGACGCCCGUGCCUCCUGCCUGGAAGGAGCACGCGCUGCAGCUGCAGGUGAGGGCAGGGCUCCCCCUGUUGCCAAGAGCCGGUCUCCAAGACGCAGGAUUCUAACCAUAAGACAGAGAGUGGGAUAGAAGGAGAAACUGGGACCAACGUCUGGAGGGACUGGGAUUUUGAGCACAGUGGAUUUCUAGAAAUAAGGAGUACUUACUACUUUCUUGGAGGCAUCAGGGGACAGUGCGGAGAGUAAUCCAAAGGCAAUAACUCAUUCAGUUCCUAGGAGAGAUAAACAUGUUAAGAUGUAGAUUUGAUUAGCUGCCUCAGGAUUGCAAUUAGAAUAUUUCAGAGCUUCAUCAAUUCUGCUUAAUGAGGUCUGUAAGAACAGAAAUUAAUUUUAAAUAAAAUGCUUACACUACCAAAACUCCUUCGAAAACCUCUGCCUCCAAAAUCCCAACUUAAACCACUUCAACUAAAGAAAGGAAAAAAGCAGACAGCUUUCACCAAGCAAGUAUCCAAACAAAAAGAUCUUCUUCAACCUUGUCCCAGUAAAAUUAUUCCAACUGAAAUAGAGAAGAAUGGCUUUUUUGGAAGAUUUCCAAAGAGAAGAAAGCAAUCCCGGAUCCAUAUCAAAACCCUUCUUCUUAAAUGGCCUGCAAAAGGACCUAUGGAUCCUGCAUCAAGGCUGUUUUUAAAGAAAUAUCCAAGGUUCUAUAUGCUAUUUUCAAACAUUAAAGAUACUGGUUCUUUAUAUUUGCCAAGUGACGAUUUGAUAAAAUAUGGAAGUUUAGAAAAGGAAUGUGUGCGUCGUAAAAUGAGACACUUUUUAAUGGAUUCAACUGUCUCUUCUGAGAUCUCAACAUCAACAAGUUCCCAAUUAGUACCGUCUCAAGUAGAACAUUCAUCCAGCUUCAUAAAACCUGACUUUGACCAUUUAACUACACCAGACUCAAUAAGCUCUUCUAGAUCUGUGGAUAAACCUGAAACUGAGUCUAAGAAAGAAAAAGUGAAAUGGUAUGAAAAACUGAAAGAACCUCAUGAUACAAUGAAUAACCAAAUUUUUUCAUUUGAUGAACUACCAGCAACUUUAGAAAGAAAGCCUGUUACACAUUAUUUGUUAGAUGUUCAUCAUAAAGAAGAGGAAACUAAAGAACCCAUACCAAUAGAACAUAGAGCCCAUUUUCCAGAUUCUACAGAAGUGGCAGAGUCUGAAAAAGAUCUCGUUGUGUAUGGUGAAGGUUAUAAUAAAGAAUCAGUGCACUUAUUAGAGGAUUCAAAAAUAAAUCUUGCCAAAAUAGCUGUCUUGAAAUGUCAAGAAUUUGGAAGAAAUGCACUUAGUUUAAAGGGUUUCUUUAUUGAUAAAUGUCCAGACUUAAGUAUUUUGGCAGAUCAAUUGGUAUAUCUUAACUUGUCUUACAAUAAUUUAGCUAUCUUUCCCCCAGAGGUGAUAGUUUUAAUCAAUUUACAAGUUUUGAUCAUGAAAAAUAAUCCCAUCAAAGAGAUCCCUUCUACUAUUGAAGAAUUAAAACACCUCACAAUAUUUGUCAUUUCCUUUAAUUUGCUAACUUCUCUUCCAAAAGGGUUAUUUACAUUGUCUGAACUUGAGUUCCUGGAUGUCUCCUACAAUGAAAUACUUGUUAUUCCAAAGGAAAUCCAAUAUCUCAGAUCCCUUAACUAUUUGAAACUUGAUGGAAAUGAACUAACAACUUUUCCACCUGAAAUUUUGAAACUUUCACUGGACAAAUUUUCUUUAGAAAAUAACUUCACCCACCCUUUGCUGUGGAAAGAGAAUUCUAAAAAUGAUGCUCAAACUCUCAAAGAUCUAACUCUUUUGUUCUUAUCUCAAAAUGAACUAUGGAAAGUUUAUAAGGACCAUUUCUCACCUGAAAUUAAGCAACAACUAAACACCUCUAAUUUGUGUGAAUACUGCCGGGGCCCUUUGUAUGGUAAAGGACUUCGUCUCAUUCGAUCCUUCGAUGUUUUUAAUAAUUCACUUAUUCCCAUCUUGCUUAAAGUCUGCUCUUCAAAAUGCUUUACGCAUGCAGAAAAUGAUCCAAAUAUCUUGACUCUUUUGACCAGAUGAUAUUAAAGUCAUGGCUUCAUUAAGAAAACUGUAGUUCUACCGCCAAGUCAGGAAAUUUUGCAAUCUACAAGUUCUAUUAACAGCUCUUAGAGAAUCUAACUUUGGUGAAGUUGCUAUAAUACAAAACACAGACAUCUUCACCUGAAUCUUCUGUUAAUCCAGGAGUUUUUCUCAAAUGUAUUACUAAUAGCAAUGACUGGCUUUUUCUCAAAGAAGAAUCUGUAAGGGGCUACUGGAAAAUAUGAAGUCAAGGACAAUUUUUUUUCAUUAUGUGUUCUACAUAAUAAAAAUGUAUUAUAAUCUCUACAAUAAACAUUUUUCUGCAUUUAACCUUUUUACCUAUAAUCUGCUUCUAAGUUAAUAAAAAAGUAUGCGAAAAUGAAACAUGA